CGAUAUUUGACUACUCUCCCUUGAGCGAGCGAGCUAGCUUGCUCCUACUGGGUAGUCAGGGCCUGGCCUGUGGGCUGCAAGUUUAGCGUCUUUGUUACAUUCUCAUCAUUUGAGUCCACUUGUACCAAAACCAUGGCUGACGACGAAUUAGAAACAAUCAGGCGGCAAAGAAUGGCAGAGCUACAGGCAAAGCACGGGAAUGCCUCAAAAAAUCAGCAAGGAGAGGAGGCCAAACAAAGAGAGGCUGAUAUGAGAAACUCCCUAUUGUCUCAAGUUCUAGAUCAGUCGGCUCGUGCAAGAUUGAACAAUCUAGCUUUGGUAAAACCGGAGAAGGCCAAGGCUGUAGAGGAUUAUCUCAUUCAAAUGACUCGCUUUGGGACAAUCGCAGGAAAGAUUUCAGACUCCGGCCUGAUAGAGAUUCUACAAAAAGUCAGUCAGCAAACAAAAAACAACACAACGGUCAAAUUCAACAGGCAGAAGGUGAUGGACUCGGAUGAAGAAGAUGAUGAUUAGCUGACAACCGGAUCCUUGGAAUUAAUUCUUGAGGAAUUACAGACAUAUAUUUCACCAGGACUUUUGUUGUACUUCUGGCAACACUCCGCUGGUCUUCUUUUAGUAGUUACUUUUUUUUCCAUAUUCACUAUGAUUUCUAUUUUACAUACAGAGAGAAGUUAGAAUAAUGAGAAAAACGUGGCGCAAAUGAAGCAUUUGGAGGAAUCCUACUCCAGUAAGAAACUUGGAUCACUUGCUGAUAUGUAUCUGAAAUGUUUACAAAAAAAUUAAAUAAAAGGCCUUAAAUGAACAAA